AUGGAAAAUUCAGAUACCAACACAAAAAGACUAAGAUUGACAAAUAAUGUAAGGCCAAUAAAAUAUCAAUUAAGAUUUGAACCAAACAAAGACUACACAUCCUUUUUGGGAGAGCUCAAACUCACAUUGAAAGUUACAUCAUCUAUGCCAUUAGAAACUAUAGAACUUCACAAAAAUAAAAAGAUAGAUAUUAAGAGCAUUUAGAUUAGAAAAUUGCUGGAAGAUAAUUAGUUUUCUGAUCCAGAAUAAGGAUUUUGUAUAUAUAACGAAGAGUUUAGAAAAGAUGUCUAUUCAUUUGGGUAUACUGAUAGAGGUAAUUAAUUCGAAUCAGAUACUAAAUACUUACUGGAGAUAUCAUAUAAAGGAGUAAUCUACCAAGAUGCUUGUCAUGGAGUUUUUUCUUGUGUUGAUUCAGAGGUGUAUUAAUCCAGCAGCAAUCUGGUCAAUCAAUUUUUUUAAGAUGAAUUAGAGAGAGCAAGAAUAGAAAAUAUGUAGAUUAAUACUCAAUUUGAAGAUACUUCUGCCAGAAAACUAAUGCCAUGCUUUGAUGAACCCUCUUACAAGGCUUUGUUUUAACUCUAGAUAAUUGUAAGAGAGCCCAUGCAUUAGGCUAUAUCAAAUACUGCUUGUGUAGUAGAAGAAUAGGAUGAUGGUAGCAGAGAAUUUAGCUUCGAAGAGACACCUUUAAUGUCAACUUACCUUUUAGGUAUUUUUAUCGGUAAAUUCGACACUCUUACUUUGACUACAAAGAGAGGUAUACCUGUAACUGCCUACACUUAAUCUGGUCUUAGUAAUGAUGCAAAGGAAAUGGUUUAAAUUGCUACGGAGGCUUUUGACUUUCUUGAAGAUUACUUUUAGAUAAACUAUCCAAUAUCGAAAGUAGAUUUAAUAUCAUCUAAUAGAUUCCCACUUUGUGCUAUGGAAAAUUGGGGAUGCUUACUGUUUCACAGAAGUCUUAUUUUAUCAAAUCGUGAGAAUACUAGUAAAACAUAACUAUAUAACAACUUGAGAACACUUUGUCAUGAAGUCUGUCACUAGUGGUUCGGAAACAUCGUAACUAUGGAAUGGUGGGAUGAUAUUUGGCUUAAUGAAGGAUUUGCAAGAUACAUGGAGCAUUAUGUAAUGGCUGAACUCAGACCAGAGUACUCAGUGUGGAAAGAAUUUAUAGAUACAAUGUAUAAAACUUCAAUGCAGACAGACUCUUUUUAUAACUUUACACAUGCUGUUUAAGUCAAAGUAGAAGGUUUUGAAAAGCUCCAUGAUAUCUUUGAUCAAAUUUCUUACAAUAAAGGUUCUUCAAUAUGCAGAAUGAUUGAAGGGUUUAUUAACGAUAAGGAUGUAUUUAGAAAAUGCAUGAGGGUAUAUAUGAAGAAGUUCCAAUAUUAAAAUGCAAACACUAAUGAUCUUUUCAAAGUUAUGACUCAGAUCUCUGGUAAACCAGUUCUUAAAGUGUUUUAAAAAUGGAUAUCUCAAUAAUGCUUUCCUGAAAUUUUAAUCACUAAAAUAUCAGAAACCUAGUAUAAGCUAGAAUAGCAAUGCUUUAAGAACUAAGAAGAAGGAUUGUUGUGGGAUAUUCCGAUAAACUAUGUUACCUCUAAACAAAACAAAGGACAAUUUGUGAUGGAUAAAAAAGAAAUGGUCUUUGAUUUGCCUGGACUUGAAACUGAUGAAUUGAUUUGGUUUAAUGAGAGUGCCUAUGGAUUUUAUGUUUUGCGAUACUUAGAUAAUGAGAUAAACCACCAGAUUCUUACCAAUUAUUAGGGAUUUGAUGAGCUAACAGCUAGAAGUAUUCAGAUUAACUACCUAUAGUUGAAAAAAUGA